UAGAUUUAUCGAAUUAGGAAUUCCCCUAAUUUUCAUAAUAAUUAAAUAAAAAAAAUCCUUUGAAUCAUAAAUCUUUUUAAAAGGAAUAAAAACCCUUCUUCUUAUCUUAUCCGCAAUAAAAUUCAAUUCAAUAUAUUUUAUGUAAAUGUUGAAUAAAUUAAAAGUCGUAUAUACAUGAUUUGAUUUGAUGAUGAGAGGACCAUUAAUUUCACUGUUACGCCUUUUGGCCGUAAUCCCAGCCGCAUUUGGGAGUCUGCUGAUCCUUCCGCCGCCGUCAACCACUUCCGGCACCGCCGUGCCGGAUCAGUUUCAGCUCCCUCCGCCGCUGCCGGCCAGGAUCAACUCCGCACCUAAACACGAUGCUGUAUUGGUGGCUGCUCCAGAUGGAACAUUAUAUCAGGUGGAUAUCAGCUCAGGUAAAAUCCUGUGGUCCUUCCCUUCUGGUGCAUCAAUAUAUGAUGCACAUCAAGCACCAAAUUUGGAGGAUGAUGAGCAUAAUCUCUCUAGACAGCAUAGUCAAUUCUAUUUAGACUGUGGAGAUGAUUGGAAAAUAUACAUCCAUGCCAAGGACUCUAAAGCAGAGAAACUUCCAAUUGGUGUUGAAGAAUUAAUUAGACGAACACCACUUGUUUCACUUGAUGGAGUUCUGAUGGGGUCUAAAAAGACGACUGUAUUCCUUGUUGAUCCCCAGACUGGUCAUGUCGUUUAUUCUUUCAAGUCAGAUGUGGGUUCAAGUUCUGAACGGAAUCCAAUAAUACUGAAACAAGAUGCUGAUAAAUGGAAGGGACAGACCCCCUUAGACUUUGACCCAGUCGACCAUGAACAACUGCUCUACAUCAAGAGGUUUGACUAUGAACUAACUUAUUCUUCAUCAAGAACUGGCAAUGUCUUGUGGUCACUGAUGUUUGCUGAUUUCGAAGCUUCCCGUCAAUGCCGUGGCAACACCCUUUUAGGUGGAAUUAGGGGUGAUUUACAAUUACAAGAAUUUUGUCAGUCAAGCCCACCUGUUUUUCGAGCUCGUAACCCCCACGAGCUGGAGUCGAUUUUCACGAUGCAACUUCGUGGUGGUGAAAGGUUUGCUCUACCUUUUCCUGAUGAUGAAAGACAUCCUUUACCAGCUCCCAUUCCGCUACCAACGCCCUUAUUAAUUGAACCCCAAAUCCCGCACCAAAUUGUUCCCUAUCUGCCACCUAUCGCUUACCCUAAUGAUGAGCAUGCACAAAAUGUAACUGUCCCACCUGAAACUCUUGCAAUUAUUCAUGUGUGGUUGCAUGGUUUUUUGGUUGCCACCCUCUCAUUCUUCAUAGGCCUUGUAUUUUACUGCUGGAAGUUUGGAAGGAAGAAACAUAAUGAACUAAAUGAGAUGGAUAAUGUUACUAAGGCGCCAAAUGUAACAUCUAGAAAGAAGAAAGGUCGGAAAUCUGGAAACAGUAGGCUGGGUGUCAACACUGAGAAAAUAAGGAACGGGUUUCAACAUGUUGAUACAAGUGAACGUAAAAUUGGAAAGUUAUUUGUUUCUGACAAAGAAAUUGGCAAAGGGAGUAAUGGUACAAUUGUACUGGAGGGAAUCUAUGAUACUCGACCUGUUGCUGUGAAGCGCAUUGUGAAAGUGCAUCAUGACGUUGCUUUAAAAGAGAUACAGAAUUUGAUUGUAUCUGAUCAGCAUCCUAACAUCGUGCGAUGGUAUGGUGUUGAGUAUGAUCAAGACUUUGUUUAUAUUGCUUUGGAGCGUUGUACUUGUAGCUUACAUGAGUUAAUAUUGUCACAAACGAAUCCAACUGUUCAGCUACAACUGACGUUGGAAGUCAAGAGUUUUGAACUAUGGAAGCCCAAUGGGUAUCCUUCUCCUGAGUUGUUGAAAGUAAUGAGGGAUACAGUUACUGGACUUGCACAUUUGCAUGAACUUGGAAUCAUUCACCGUGACUUAAAGCCUCAAAACGUGCUUAUACGCAAAGAUAGCUCCAUCAGCGCAAAAGUCUCAGAUAUGGGUAUUAGCAAACGCUUACCUGCCGACACGUCUUGCUUAACCAAGAGUACAACAGGUUAUGGCAGUUCGGGUUGGCAGGCACCAGAGCAACUUCGCAAUGAACGGCAAACCCGUGCUGUGGAUUUAUUCAGUUUUGGCUGCCUGCUUUUCUUCUGUAUCACUGGUGGUCGGCAUCCAUUUGGUGACAUGCUUGAGCGUGAUAUAAACAUUGUGAAUGACCGCAAAGAUCUCUUCUUGGUAGAUAAUAUUCCGGAAGCUUAUGAUCUUGUCUCAAAUCUCAUACAUCCUGAUCCAGAAUUCAGACCAAUCGCAGCGGAAGUAUACCAUCACCCUCUAUUCUGGGAUCCUGAGAUGCGUCUCGCAUUUCUCCGAGAUGCUAGUGAUCGUGUGGAAUUAGAAGACCGCGAGAUCGGUUCUGAUCUCCUGAAAGCACUAGAAAAUAUUGGUACAGCUGCUUUAGGUGGCAAGUGGGAUGACAAGUUAGAUAGCACCCUCCUCGGUGACAUUGGGCGUUACAGAAAGUACAAGUAUGAUAGCGUGCGUGACUUGUUACGGGUCAUAAGAAACAAAUUGAAUCACUAUAGGGAACUCCCGAAAGACGUUCAAGCUGUGUUAGGGCCUGUUCCCACAGGAUUCGAGGGGUAUUUCAGUAGCCGGUUUCCGAAACUUCUUAUGGAAGUAUACAAAGUACUAAAACAAUAUUGUGGGGAAGAAGAAUUCCUGAACAAGUAUUAUAGAAAAGGCUGGAUUUAACUUAAAUAGUGCUGUUCAGAGAUAAAAUGUGUGACGUGUACAAAGUGAUAAUAUAUAUACUCGUAAUAUAGAUAUAGAUAUGACUGAUGUUUUGAUCCGAAAAUGAAAUAUUAUUUAACACCAUAGUUUUGCAA